AUGAAGAUCGCACUCCUUUCGGUAGUACUGCUGUCUACAGCAGCAGUCCCCACGAAGCCAAAGUAUACGUGCGAGAAGAUGAAAGUGUCCAUCUGCCGUGACAUCGGGUACAACAUCACAGCUUUACCCAACUACGCUGGACUUGUAGACCAAAAGGACGCGGAGUUCGAGCUUCACGACAUGAACCCAAUCAUCAGAUCCAAAUGCUCGGACCACGUAAGACUGUUCAUGUGUGCUGCUUACCUGCCCAUGUGUAUCCCAGGCAUGGACCGCGUGGGCCCCUGCCGUGGGCUCUGCCUGCGAGUUAAGAAAGGCUGCUUCGACCACAUGCAGAGGCUGGGGUACCCCUGGCCAAGGGAACUGGAAUGCGAUAAUUUUCAACAUGAAAAUGAUUACGAGCAAGCAUGUAUCAUGUCCAAUGCGAUUUAA